GUUGACGUAUUUCCUGUUAGCAAAAUGAAAGCCGGUUAUAUCUGAAGGUUUCUCUCAUAAACAGCUUCUCUGUGGCUGUGUUGGUCUGGCGGCUUUAGCUCCAGCUUGUGUAACGCCUCCCUGUUUCCCCUGUGACCUUGAAACCCGGUCAGUAAGUCAGAAAGACGUUUGUUUGGCGUUAGCUGAGCAGCCUAGCUAGCUCAUUUGUUUACUUUAGUGUUUCCGGGUUGUCGGUGACUCCGUGUGUGCCGCGGUGCUGCUCAACAGUGCGUUAGAAAACACCCCCAGCCACCUACACGACUUUAACCCAGCAGCGUAAUGAGACUCGCACCUUCUUACCGACCAGACCGGGGAAACCGGAUAGAUCCGCUCUGAAACCAACAGUAAUAACUUGCUUUGAGUCCUUUUCUGGGAUGUGGAGCAGAAAGAAGAGAUGAGUGCCUCCUGGCUGCCUGAGCUGGUCUCAGGUCUGUGUCAGACCGAGGAGGGGAACCCUUUUCCCGUGUGGCAGGAUGGAAACAUCAGUCCCUGCUUCAACCAGCUGGUGCUCGGGGCCCUGCCCCAUGCUGGCAUGGCAGUGCUCAGCGCCUGCUAUCUUGGGAUGCCAAGGAGUGAGCAGCUCCACACAUCUCCUCCCUGUGGUUGGACGCUCAGACUGGUGACAGCUCUGCUGGUCGUGGUUCUCUUUGUGAUAGACCUCAGCCUGGUCGGUGCCCUCCAGCAGCCGGACAUGUAUCUGGACAUCCUAAUGGACAGCUGCGGGGUCCUGGCUUGGAUGGUCCACGGCAGUGCCAUCGCAGUACUCAUGAAGACUAGAUUUAGGAGAACCAGUGGACCCCAGCUGCUGUUGAUUACGACUCUGCUGUUGGUACCCAACCUUGUCAUCAACUUGGUGAUUUGCUGCAACAGACGUGACUGUUUAAGCCUCACAGAACCGUUUAAACUGAUGAGAUUUGUUCUUGCCUCAGCCCGAAUGCUUCUGUUACUGGGUUACCUCCUCGCAUUUGCUUUUCCCUGCAUCAGUAAUGCAGAUUACACCCUGUAUAUUAAUGCUGUGGAUGGAUCCCCUCUCCUUCCAGAGGAUGUCCAGCUGGACACGGGUGAGAUAGUCGCUGAGGAUGGGAGCAGUUACCUCUCUCGACUCUUCUACCUGUGGUUGGAUCCUCUCCUCAGAAGAGGCCAACGAGGGGAGCUGACCAGACCCACCCAUGUGUAUCACUUACCUCAGAAGCUUCAGACUAGUGCUGUUUGUCAGCACUUCCAUCAUUGUUGGGGAGCAUGUCGACGAGGGACGGGAGUCGACGAUCAGCAGGAUAGCCGGUCCAGAUGGGAUGAUGGAAGCCUCCCUAAAGGCUCAGGUCAUGAGGAGGUGUUGGAGUUGGAAGGUGAUGUGCGAUUGCUGAGGGUCCUGCACAAGGCGUUUGGGUUGCGGUACUACAUCCUGGGUGUGCUAAAAGUGAUGGUUAACAUGUCUAGCUUUGCAGGUCCCCUGCUUCUCAGCAGACUGGUGAACUUCAUAGAAGACACAAAGGCCCCAGUCACCGAGGGUGUCUGGUGUGUCUUGGGGCUCUUUGGUAUGACCCUCUUCAGUUCUGUUCUGCAGAACAUCUUUGCUUUUGAAGUUUCCAAGGUGUGUUUGUCUGCGCGUGCCUCUCUGGUGUCAGCUGUUUAUGGAAAAGCCUUGAGAGUUAGCAGCUGCAGCCUGGCGGGCUUCUCUUUAGGAGAGGUGGUGAACUUAAUGAGCACAGACACUGACCGCGUGGUCAACUUCUUCAACAGCUUCCAUGAGCUCUGGAGCCUGCCGUUUCGCUUUUCCAUCACGCUCUACCUGCUCUACCUGCAGGUAGGUGUAGCGUUCCUUGGGGGGCUCUGUGUGGCACUGGUGCUGGUGCCAUUAAACAAGUUCCUUGCCUCUCGGAUCCUUAGCAACAACAAACACAUGCUCAAGUGCAAAGAUGACCGUGUUAAGUUGAUGACGGAGAUUCUCUUUGGCAUCCGUGUCAUCAAAUUCUACAACUGGGAGCCUCAUUUCACCCAGAAGGUGUCUGAACAUAGGAAACAAGAGCUGUCCUACCUCAGAGCCAUCAAGUACCUGGAUGCUCUGUGUGUGUACACCUGGGCUGCUCUGCCUGUCAUCAUCUCCAUCCUCACCUUCGUCACCUACGUGUUGCUAGGACACCAGCUGACUGCAGCCAAGGUCUUCACCACGGUCGCUCUGGUAGGAAUGCUGAUCGUUCCGCUGAACGCCUUCCCCUGGGUGCUCAGUGGUAUUCUGGAGGCCAAAGUUUCUCUGGAGCGAAUCCAGCGCUUCAUCGGACUGACGAACCAGGAUCUGCUGGCGCACUACGCCCUGAUGUCUCCAGAAGACAACCAGACAUCAGUCCUGCUGAGCCGGGGGACGUUCUCAUGGCAGGGACCUGAUGAUGGUAACGAGUGUGGACCAGACGGCGGCGUUGGAAAACAAAGUCUACUUUUACACAAUCUAAACCUACGUGUGACCAAGGGCUCGCUGGUCGUGGUCGUGGGGAAGGUUGGCUGUGGAAAGAGUUCCUUACUAGCUGCUCUAACUGGGGAACUCAGAAGACUCAGUGGAGUGCUUUAUGUUGCAAACAGAGAGGCUGGCUUUGGUCUAGUCUCUCAAGAGCCAUGGAUUCAGCAUGCAUCAGUGCAAGACAACAUCCUGUUUGGCAAAGACUACGACGCUGACUUUUAUCAGGCUGUGAUCGAGGCCUGCGCGCUCUCAGAUGACCUCGGCGUUUUACCGAAUGGUGACCAGACAGAAGUGGGAGAGAAUGGAGUCACCCUGAGUGGCGGCCAGAAGGCGCGGCUGGCUCUAGCCAGAGCAGCUUACAUGAACAAGGACAUCUACCUGCUGGAUGAUCCUCUAGCAGCAGUAGAUACAGAUGUGGCUGAACAUCUGAUGAAGAAGUGUGUGAUGGGGCUGCUCAAAGGAAAAACCCGAAUCCUGUCUACACACCGGAUAGAAUUUGUGCAACAAGCUGACAUGAUGGUCCUCAUGGACAACGGAACCAUCAUAAAAACAG